AUGAACAUCAGUAGGGAGCUUUUAGAUCUAACACAGUCUGUGAUAUUUCCUUUCGAAUUGAACCAACUGCUAAUAUGGAUAUUCAAUCAACAUUUGGUAACCUUCUUCUGUACCUGUAUAGUGGUGGGAAUUAACAAUGUUGGACAUUGGACCGCAGCUACCGAGCACUUUCCACACCCGGUUAUGCUGAUAAAUUUGUCCACCAACGAAUCCAACGUUCUUCUGGCAGCAAUAGAAAAUGGAUGUCAGACCUUCAUUCUAGCACAGUCGACGGUCAUCACUUUUUUGGAUCAGUUUCAUUACGUGCAUGAUCGUGCUACGACACGAUACUACCACAAACGGAUCAUCAUCAUACACGAACGACAAACGACAGAAAAUGUGCGUGCUGCUGUCCUGACUCACAGUGCCAUUCAUGACGUGAUGGAUUUGUUACUGGUGCACCCUCAACUUGCACACAACCGAGUGGAUCUCUUCACGAAUCAAUUCGACACCGAAGAAUGGAUACUCUUGGAUAGUUACGAAUUGUCUCGCCCAGUGUCCAGCAAAAGCAUUAAUCUGUUCCCUAACAAGCGUACUAAUCUGCGGGGACGUUAUGUACGGCUUGCCAUCUUCAACUACGAACCCUACACACUGUGGAGCAAUGUAGACAAUCCGGACGAUGCGAACGCGUACUACCAGCACAAUCGUUCCCUAGCUAUCGACGGUACCGAGUCCCGUCUGUUUGUGGAGUUUUGUGCCAAACUAAACUGCAGCCUAGAGAUCUCGCUAGACGAAGCAGGCGAAUGGGGACAGAUUUAUGACAACCGGACGGGUGACGGAAUCAUUGGUGCGAUAGUCGAGCGGCGGGCUGAUGUUGGCGUAGGUGCACUAUACUCUUGGUACCACGAAUCCCUGUUUCUGGCCCUCUCGAAACCGAUCUCACGUACCGGUGUGACAUGCAUCGCGCCGAAACCCUUACCACUGUCCUCGUGGAUGAUUGGUAUUCUUCCGUUUUCCACCAUUCUGUGGAUGGCUGUGCUGGGAACCGUAGCAGUGUCCACCGUUUUCGUGGUGAUAGUUAGCUUCGUAACGCAGAAAUUUAAAGCGGAUAAGGCACAUCGGGUUGAUGUGUGCGAGUCCAUGAUGGGUGUGAUCUCAAUCUUCAUCCUCCAAGCCGUGUUACUGCGCAUCAACCGUAAUCCUUACACCUCGCAGAUGAUCCUUAUCGGAUCGCUUCUGUUCGUUGGUUUAAUGAUAGGCAACGCGUACAGUGGCGGGCUAGCCAGUGUAAUGACGGUACCAAGGUACGAAAAAUCUAUCGACACCGUACAGGACCUUGCUGACCGUGAUCUACGCUGGGGCUCAACACACGAUGCGUGGAUUUUCUCCAUCCAACUUGCAACGCAGCCAACGAUUGUAAAGUUGCUGGCCAAUUUUGUCACAUACCCGAAAGAUGUGCUUCAUAGCCAUGCCAAGCAGCGAAAGCUGGCGUACAGUAUCGAACGGUUGCCAUACGGCCACUACGCCGUCGGCGACUACAUUACGGACGAAGUGUCCUACAACUACGAAAUCAUGUUGGACGACAUUUACUGGGAGAACUGUGUAGCUAUGGCCACCAAAACUUGGCCACUCAUGAACGAACUGGACGAGCUGACGCUGGUCAUUUUCCAGAGCGGAAUUCAACGCUACUGGGAGCUGGAGGUGGUGACAAAGUUUGCCGAUAAUAAGGUCCAGCACGCCAUCUCCAAUUCGCGCCAUUUCGACAAUCCCGGACCGAUUGCGCUACAACCUUCGCACCUGCUCGGAGCAUUCUUUCUACUUGCCGUCGGACUCGGUUUGGGGUUGGUGUGUUUCCUGCUCGAGCUACUGUGGCACAGAAACCGCCAAAGGAAACUAAACCAUAAACAUUUUGCGAGCAUGAGCGUGACACAAACCAUCUUUUAA